AUGAGGCUGAUUUCGGGUUUAUCUCUUUUAUUUUUGGUUGCACAACUACGUCCAACUGAUUCUAGAAAACAGGAAGCUAUAUUGGAUAUUGGCUAUGUGUUAUUUCAAGGUUUUACAUAUGUGAAUGUAAAAAAAGGCUGUUACGAAACAUAUGAAAACAUCAUGAAUAAUAUCAAAGAUAUGAGAAAAAUAGUCGACUUAGCCGACAGAAAUCAUGAACACGUAAUUCUACCAACGGAUCUAUUGGACGAUGCUCAACAAUCAUGGAGUAAACUCGGUGAAUAUUUUCAAAAUGAUCCGACAUUCAAUAAAUACAAUCUAAUCGAAAGUAUCUCAAAUAAAAAAGGUGUAAACGAUAUGAAAGUUGGACUGUCUAUUAUUGAAUCGAAGUUAAACAACAAAAUGAUAGGUCAAGUACAGAAUAUGGUAAAAGGACAAACUAUUAAAGCAGCUUGCCGAACAGCUAAUAUGAUUAAAAACCUUAAAGAAACAUACGACCUCAUACAAAAAUCGGAACAAUAUCGUAAAUCAACUCACUUACAAUUAGCGUUAAAUAAUAGUAAAGCAUAUAUUGAUGGAGCCGAGAAAAAUUAUUUAAUGGCUAUCGAUGAAAUGAAAAAAAUAGAAAUAACAAAUGAGGCCUAUAUAGAGCCAUUAAAAUUAGAAAAAAUUACGAUUAAGUUAGAGAAAUCACAAUUUGAAUGUGAAAAAGCCAAUCAAACGGUAGUAACUAUUCUAUCUGGGAUUCAACAACAAAUGGAGUCACUAUUAUCAAGAAGAAGCGAUUAUAUAAAUAAUAUACUUACAUCCGUACUAGAUCUUGCUGUUACCGCUGUUGAAUUCGCAACAACACCAACAAAUAUUUUAUCAAAGACAGUAAAGACUUUAUUUGCUACAAAAUUUGGUUUGGAAACUUUCAACGUUAUUGGUCAUUCUGUGGGAUUCUAUUGGACAGCAGAAGAAAUUGUUCAACUUGAGCAAAACCAAAAUGUAUUCAAAGAAUUAAAUGCAAAAAUAGAGGAUCUGUUUGAAAAAAUUGCUUAUGGACUUGAGAAAAUUGAGAAAAUGAAGUACUACAACAAACUCGAACAUGAACUGUAG